UUGAGCGUUGCCUCUGCUUGGGCUCUGGUGCAUCGUACUCAUACAGUCGAGUCGUUGUCACCCACUUUUUUGCUGUUUUAAAGUUGUUUUUAUAUUUUUUACUACCCCGAACGGGAAUACUUUUCGUCUUAAACUUGGUCUGGAUAUCUCUGCUGCCAUGUCCUACCUCUACUGUGCAGGGGAAGCCAUUAAGGGUCCGAGUGGCUGUAAAGUACACUAGCUCUCCACCCCGACCCCGCUGCCAGGAUGCUCCGUAAGAGCAGCGACGGCGGCAGUGUCAAGAGUGGUCACGCUUCCGCUACCUCCAGGCAUCACUCCAGUUCCCUGACGGGCUCUCUGUCGGCCGGCUCUACCAAGACCUGGGAUGCAGGGCACAGGCGGCGCUCCCACAACCCGCUGAGCGGCGCAGAUCCUUCGGAUCCGUCAGUGUCGGCGUCAUGCCCGCCCGGAGUGGAUCCGGAGUAUGUCAUGAUGCUGGUGAAUGACGUCAGGUGGUUCGCCAAUGUGCUGCUGCACCUCAAGGAAGCCUUCCAGAGUCCAGAUGGCUCGGAAGCUCUCCAACAAAUGGUCCAGGAGCGUCUGGGCGAGCUGCUGCGCGUCCUCAAGGCCGUCAUCGGCAAACACCAGGCCCUCAACUCGGUGGACAUCCUGGGCAAGGCGGGCACGCUCAUCGCCAAGGUGAAAGGCAUCAACUUCAAUGACAGCAGACCCGACAACCUAGAAAGCACGUUUGGCGAGAUUCAUGCGUCCAUCGACACUUUAGCGUUCACCUUCGGCAAUGUAGUUUCUGACUUCCUUAUGGGAGAUGUGGACAAUGGCUCAGGGUUGGGGACCCCCCAGACCAGAAGAAGCCGGUCUUUCGACAACCUCGCCGUGGAUCCCGAAGACUACGCGGCCGAGAAGAACGACCUUGCUGGCCCAGAUGUUCCCCUGUCACGCGAGGAGGAGGUGGACCUGACACUGCUGAAGCAUGACAGCGGGGUGGAGUCAGCUCUGCUCUACGCUAAAGCCUGGUCCAAGUACAUCAAGGACCUGCUGGGCUGGAUGGAGAAAAGAGUGACCAUGGAUAUGGAGUGUGCCAAAAGUUACGCCAAACUGGCAGAGUCGGCCAAGUCGCUGGUGACACAGCAGGACUACAUGCCCUUUAGCGACAUUUACAAUUCCACCUUCAAGAACGACAUUGAGUACAACCAUCUGCUCGUGCAAACCGCCAUGGCCUUGCAGACCAAUAAAUUCAUACAGCCUCUCUUGGGCCGUAAGAAUGAACUGGACAAAUUGAGGAAAGACCUCAAGGAGCAGUGGCAGAAGGAGCAGAAGAAAAUGCACGAGGCGGACACAAUCCUGCGAAAGGCUCGGGCGCUAAAAGCCCAGAGGCGAGAAGAGUAUCAGAAGGCCUGCUCGUCCACCAGCCGCUCCCUGGAGGAGCAGCCCAACGCUGGCAACAAGCAGCUGGAGAGAAAGAGGAGGCUGGAAGAGGAGGCCCUGCAGAAGGCCGAGGAAGCCCAGGAACAAUACCAGAGCAGCAUGGCUGACGCGGGCGUCAGGAGAAUGGACCUGGCCAAUGUCAAGCGCACCAUCCUCACCCAAAUCCGAGAGACCGUUUUCCAGUGCGACCUCACUCUCAAGGCGGUAACGGUCAACUGGUUCCAGAUGCAACACGUGCAGAUGGCGUUGCUACCCGCUCAUCACCAGGCGCUGAGUGACAGCGCCAAGCUGUACGAGCCCGGCGAGUGCUACUCGGAGUUUGUGCGUCGCCUUCCCCGACACCUGCCCAGGGAGCGCAUGCACUCCGACUCGGUUUCUUCAGACGGCGCCAGGUUCGCGUUUGCCAAGCGGUCAGUGGGCAGCACCCACUCCUCCCACGGAAACCUGUCCCAGGCCUCGCUCACCUCCUGCGACGUCCUCAGCGGCGACGAGGUGGACAGCCCGCUUCGCCGCCGGCCGGGGAUCGCCAAGCGCCGCUCCAACAGCAGCACCGACAUCCCUGCAGGGUUGAGGGGGCAGGCCCCGCCGCUCCGAGCCUGGACCUCCGGCAGUCCGGGGAGCCAGGGUGGGAUGUGCAGUGACUCUGAGAGCGCGGGCGGCAGCAGUGAGUCCAGGUCCAUGGACUCCCCAUCUGCCAGUCCAGGCGACUUCAAGCGACGCCUGCCCAGAACUCCUUCCACCGGCACCAUGUCUUCUGCUGACGACCUGGACGAGCGAGAACCCCUGUCACCUUUGGACAAUGGUCUGGCCGAGAUGGUAACAGAGACGGCCAGCUCUCCCGGCCCCUUCCGCAACGCUCAGAUGUCCAAAGCGGCGCAGACGCACAAACUUAGGAAGCUCCGAGCGCCGUCCAAGUGCCGCGAGUGCGAUAGCCUGGUGGUCUUCCACGGGGCCGAGUGCGAGGAGUGCUCGCUGGCAUGCCACAAGAAGUGUCUGGAGACGCUGGCCAUCCAGUGCGGCCACAAGAAGCUGCAGGGCAGGCUGCAGCUCUUCGGCAUCAACUUCACCCAGGCGUCCAAAAACAGCGCCGACGGAAUCCCCUUCAUCAUCAAGAAGUGCACCUCUGAAAUCGAAAGCCGCGCUCUCAACAUUAAGGGCAUUUACCGCGUGAACGGCGCCAAGUCGCGCGUGGAGAAGCUGUGCCAGGCCUUUGAGAACGGCAAAGACCUGGUGGAGCUGUCGGAGCUGUCUCCGCACGACAUCAGCAACGUGCUCAAGCUCUACCUGAGACAGUUACCAGAGCCGCUGAUCCUCUACCGCUUCUACAACGACUUCAUCGGCCUGGCCAAAGAGUACCAGCGCCUGGUGGUGGAGGAGGCCCAGGAAAGCGAUUCCAAGAAGUCCGACGGGCUUAGCGUCCACCUCAACCGCGUGGUCCUCCGCAUUCGGGAUCUUAUGCGUCAGCUGCCCGCCGCCAACUACCGCACACUGCAUUUCCUCGUCACGCACCUCAACAGUGUGUCAGAACAUGCGGAAGAGAACAAGAUGACGGCGAGCAAUCUGGGCAUCAUCUUUGGCCCCACACUGCUGAAGCCGCGGCAGGCGGAUGCCGAAGUGUCCCUGUCAUCCCUGGUGGACUACCCGUACCAGGCCCUCAUGGUAGAGCUGCUGGUGCGACACUUCCAGGUGGUGUUUGAUGCUUCGCCGUCGAGCGGGUCGGACGCCGCUGCUGCCGGCCGAAGUUCCCCUGGCCUCACCCCGCAGGAGAAGCUGCAGCGCCUCAGCAGACAUUCUGCCUCCCUGACGGACAUCAAAGAGAGUGCCAAAGUGUACAAGAGGUUCUCCUCCGUGAUCCCGUCCUCUCACAUCCUGGACGAGGUCCAGGAGGUUCAGCCCGGAACCGACCAGACGGACUCCUCAGUCAACGGCGUCGAUAAGCGAUCGAGCCACGCCGUUCCCUCCGGCUCCACAUCAUCCACCCUGGCAUCAACGGUGCAGCUCCGAUCCCAUCGCUCUCGGCCAGCGUGCCGUCCUAUUAGCAUGCCCUUGGAACGCCUCCCUACGCCUGUGGAGCGCAUCGACCCGGUGGUGGAAGCCAUCGCAGAGACGCCGGGCGUGGAGCUGGCGGCUGCCCGCGCAGGCUCGUCUCGAGUCAGCACCUACUACAUCACGCCCUUCAUCGACACCCGGACCAUGCAGCGGCGGACGUGGGACAGGAAGUACAAACAUUACGACGUCACGCCCAGGACCGCCAUGAUCAUGGCAAAGCUGCCCACCGCCAGCGCUUCCGCCGGCACCAUGUUCAACAACAACCCCUUCGCCUUGUCCGUCAAAUCCACCUGGGCGUCCGCCGCACAGGAUGACCAGCCGUCUUCCUGCUCGCCGUUAACGCUCAGACCCCCAAGAACUCUGCAGCCCCCGCCGGGGACCUUCUACAAGCCCCCUGCGGGCAGAGCGAGGACGGUCCCCGACAGGACCACCACCGCUACCACCCCCACCACCGUGGUCGCCACCACAGCCACGUCCCCCAGCCCCCCGCCCGGCCGCCUCCAGACACAGGACUCUACCGACAGCGCCAUUGACCCCGGGGCGGCCUCCCUGUCGCCCCCGCAAUCGCCACCCCCCGGCAGCCCCGACGACCCCGGCGAGACCAAGGCCGUCUACCAAAGACUGCGACCUCGCCGCCUCCAGGAGCUGGAGCACAGAGAGGCCCACUUUGUCUAACAAUUUUUAACAUGCCAUUAAAGUGUUCCCAAAUCUUCUCACUGAACAAAACCACUGAAACAAGAGCCAGCCUAUGGUUUUUCCUUCUUUGUGUCCUCGCUGAGUUUUCCUUGCAUCCUGCAAUGCACUUAAUGCAGCUUUUAUACUCAGCACAAUGUUCAAGCUAAAUGUCUUUGCACCCUUUUAAAUGUUCCUGCACCAAAGAGCGUAAGGGCCACACGGAAAUAAGAAACAGGAGAGGGGGGGCACAACAUUUUUAUUUUUUUUAUUUUUGAAGGGUUUUUAGGCUUUUAUUAAUUAUCAAUUGAUUUGUUAAAUUGAUUGGUUGUCGAUUAUUGGUUGCACCUAUGUUCUUUCCAGUUACAUCAAUUUAUAUGAAAAGUUAUAUAUCAGGAAAAAAACCUUAUUUCAAACCCGAUUUCAUUUUCUCAACAGUACAACUUUUCUCUGAAAAAAUACAACUUUUUAUCUUGAAAAAAAGCAACUUUCUAUUUCAAAAAGUAUUUUAAUUUAAUAUUACAUCUUUCUUUGCUCCUAUCUUCCCAUCACGAUACGACUUUGCUUUUGUACUUUUGUCAUGUGUUCCUCUUCCGUGUGGCUCUAAUUUGCCUUGGUAAUAUUACUGUCAUGAUUGGUACCUCCUAUUGUGGAUAUGUAAAGCAUAUUUAUGGAUGGUUUUCCACUCCAUCCUUCAUACUGCAUGUUUGUUGCGUCUUGUUGCCUUGGCGACCUCACAGACGAUGUGCGGCACUGCUCGCCGCGGAUUAAAAAAAAAAAAAAAAGUUGUCUACCAGCAAAUUUCUGGGUUGUUUCUGUCUACAAUCAAAGCCUAUAUUUUGUUCCUUGUCAGUGUGAUGUUGCAACUAUUUUGAAAAUAAUGUAUAAAUCUUCAAACACAA